AUUAUCAGUCUGCAAACAGGCAGUAAACACACAAUGUGGAGACAAAAACACGUCGCAUACUGACAGCUAUGCGGGGUUUUUUUGCUCUUCUUCUCCACACAUGUGAGCUGCUGCUACUGCUGCUGCUGGAUCUUCCCCCCUCUGUGACGGAGCAUCGCAGCCUCCAUCAUCACAGGCUGCAGCUCCGCCUCCUGCAUCCAGUUUGGACGCAGCUUCCACCAACAGAGUCCAAGAUGACGACCAGCAGCAGGUACAAGAACCGCGCUCCCCGGUCAGAUGAUGCGGAGGAAAAAGACUACGUUGGAUUUGCGACGCUGCCGAACCAGGUGCACAGAAAGUCGGUGAAAAAAGGAUUUGACUUCACACUCAUGGUGGCAGGAGAGUCUGGCCUGGGUAAAUCCACUCUGGUGAACAGCCUCUUCCUCACUGAUCUGCAUAAAGACAGGAAGCUGCUCAACGCUGAGGAGCGCAUCAGUCAGACGGUGGAGAUCACAAAGCACACAGUGGACAUUGAGGAGAAGGGGGUGAAGCUGAAACUGACUAUUGUGGACACUCCAGGUUUUGGAGACGCUGUCAACAACACAGAGUGCUGGCGGCCUGUCACUGACUACAUCAACCUACAGUUUGAGCAGUACUUCAGAGACGAGAGUGGACUCAACAGAAAGAACAUCCAGGACAACAGAGUGCACUGCUGCCUCUACUUCAUCCCCCCGUUUGGACACGGGCUACGUCCAGUCGACAUCGAGUUUAUGAAGGCCUUGCAGGACAAAGUUAACGUGGUUCCUCUCAUCGCUAAGGCCGACUGCCUUACUCCCCUCGAGAUAAAGAAGCUCAAAGAGCGGCUGAGGGAAGAGAUCGAUAAGUAUGGGAUAAAGAUCUAUCAGUUCCCUGACUGUGACUCAGAUGAGGACGAGGAGUUCAAGCAGCAGGACAGAGAGUUGAAGGAGAGCACUCCGUUUGCAGUGAUUGGCAGCAACACGGUGGUGGAAGCCCGAGGUCAGAGAGUGAGAGGGCGGCUUUACCCCUGGGGCAUCGUAGAGGUGGAGAACCCUUCCCACUGUGACUUUGUAAAACUGAGGACGAUGCUGAUCAGAACCCACAUGCACGACCUGAAAGAUAUCACCAGUGACUGCCACUACGAGAACUACCGGGCUCUGUGCAUCCAGACCAUGACCAGUAAGAUGAAUGCAGAUAAGCGGGUGGAGAGUCCUAUCCCGAUCCUGCCGCUGUCCACACCCGACGUGGAGACAGAGAAGCUCAUCAAAAUGAAAGAUGACGAACUGAGGAGGAUGCAGCAGAUGCUUCAGAAGAUGCAGCAGCAGAUGCAUGAGCAGGACCUGUGACCGCUGCUGCUACACCUGCCUUUACCUUUACAUCUUUUAUUUAUUAUCUGACACAGGAGGGAAUACCUCACUGAGGCCACCCUCUCCAGGGACAACUGAAGAAAUCUCAAUAUUUCGCCCAGUACUCCAAAAACUGGUCACAGAGAAACAGGGUCAUUCCAUGAAACAUCAAUCAGAGUCUCCCACCAGACCCUCAGAUCCAGCUGAUCUUUUAUGUUCAAUAACUUUGGUGUAUUUAAUGAAACCAUGCAAAAAUUUAGAUUCAUGCUGUAAAUAUUUCAAAGUCACAGGCUCUUGAAGUUCACAAACAUGGGCAAAAUUUUGCACUUUUAAAUUUGUGUUAUUUUUUCCUAAAUUUUUCAGCCCUCCUAAUUUCAUAAAUACAGGAUAGAGACACAUGAAAACCAAAACCAGUGUUGUUUCUCCAUUUCACAGCCAUAAGUAACAUUCCUGGGUCGGUGUUGAAAUAUGACUAUAUUAGAAAAGUGUUGAGAAUUUUUUAUAUUGUGACACCUGGAGUGGAUGUAAAAUUGAUUUGGUUGCAGUUUUUUUUAAUCAGAAUUCUAAUGUGUUUUUCAUUCCUGAAAGUUUCAUGCUGUGCUUAUGAACUUAUGAGGCUCAGAAAUGAUGGAAACAAUAAUGUGAAUUACAAAGCUGGCCCUACAAGAAGCUGGCAUGUACUUUCAGGGUCUGUAACUCUGAAAAUACACAGAGUUUGAAUACCACUGUUUUCAUUGCAUCACUGAAUAUGCUAAAGCUACUGUGCAUUAAAAUCUGCUGAUUCUAAGGGAGUUAGGUAGGAAUUUUUUUCCACAUUUGGUAGAUUUUUUAUGAAAUGACCCAACAGUAAAACGACAGCAUGCUGUUUUCGGUGUCUUUUUUUAAAUGCAGUCUUUAGCCAAGUGAAUCUUGUUAGGCAAUAGAGAUGAGAUUGCACUUUGUUACCUUUAGCUCACAGUAGAUACUUGAAAUACUCAGUGAGACGAAUGCACCAUGUCCCAGAUUCUUUUAGUAGUUUAUGCACUGACUGUGCCAGCGCCUGCCGUUCAUGUAGAACGAUUGAAAAGCUGCUGAUGGUUCAUUUCAGUUUGCAGAUUCUGACUGCAUGGUUUUUAGCAGUGCUUCAGCUGAAAUAUCACAAAAGAAGUCGAAAUAGGGAUGUGUUGAGAUUUAUUUCGGUUAAAAUAUCUGGAUUUGUUAAAGCUGGAGUGCAAUACGUCUACAUAGAAAUGAAUGUCGUUAUGUUUAAGCCAGUUCGCAGAAUUUUGGGGAGAUAAAGUAGGUACAGCAGUAUCCUGGAUCAUCCAUCCAUUCAUCCAUCAUCUAUACACCGUAUAAUCCCCACUAGGAUCGCGAGGGACUGGAGUCUGUCCCUGCUGACUUAGGGUGAAGGCAAGGGACACCCAGGACAUGUCACCAGUCUAUCACAGGGCUACACAUACAGACAAACAAUCACAUCGCAUUCACACCAUUCAAUUUAUAAUGAUCAAUUAACCUCAGCAUGUUUCUGGACUGUGGGAGGAAGCUGGAGUACCCCAAGAAAACCCAGACAUUCACAUCGAGAACAUGCAAAGUCCAUGCAGAAAGAUCCUGGAGACGCGAACUGGAGAUCCUCUAGCUGCGAGGUGCUAACCAUCAAGCCACUGUGCAGCCCCAUCCUGGUUUAUGAUGCAGAAUAAUAACUUAGGAAGCAUUCAAGAAUAGUUUCUAAAGAAGAUAAAGAAAAAAACUUUGGAGGAAGGAUAAUAGUGAGACAAAGAAAGAUUGACGGUGUCCAAUGCACGAGACCACGUUUGUGUAAUUACUCUCACUGCCUGAAGAGGGAGAUGAUAAUUAGCCUCUUUUGCCCUGUUCUCUCUCCCUUUGGUACUACAGGCUGUAACAAAAAACCUAGUGGAAAUAAAGUCAAAUUUAUCUAUACAGCACAUUUAAAAACAACAAGAGCUGCACAAAAGUGCUGUUUGCCUAAAAAACACAUUCCAUAAAAACACAGUCAAACUAAAUAAAUGUAAACAAAAGAAGGCAAUACAGCAAUAUGAACAAGAAAAGCACUCAGAGAGCGCAGUACUCCGCCAAGGCUGCUCAGUCAUUGUAUGAUUUCUGACAGAUAAUAUUAAUAAAUUUUAUUUAUAAAGCGCUUUACAAGUAUCUCAAAGAUGCUGUACAUAAAAUACAAUAAAAUAAAGCAAGAAUGAAAAACAGUUAAAAAGUCAAUAAACAGUAAUUUAAAAACGACAAAAUUAAAAUGUUAAAUUAAAAUAGUAUUAUUCAAUAAAAACAUCUCUAAAAAGGUGAGUCUUUAAAGAGGAAUUUGAAUGUGGAGAGGUUGGUGCAGUCACGAGGGUGAGGGGGAGUGAGUUCCAGAGUGUGGGGGCAGAUGAAAUCUCUAAACAAUUUGUGGUCCACAGUGGUGGAUUUGUAAUAGAUCGCAAUCAUGUGAUCAUCAGCAGGCAGCUGACGUGGUGUUCACUUGUUGUCAUAGUUACAGUGAUGCUGUGCUGCUAUCUCACAAUGAUGCAGAAAUCUUUAACAAAUCCGUGGAUCCAGACUAUAAGUCGCAUCACUGCCAAAAUCUAGCCAGGUGGUCAUUGUGUCAUUUCUGACCUUCCCUAAAAAUAUCACCCAAAUCCAUUAGUCCAUUUUUGAGUAAUGUUCACACAGACAAACAAACAAACAAACAGACAGACAAACCAACACCGAUCGUCACAUAAAUUUGCCUCAUUCCUUUGCGUAGUAAUAAAAUGUUACAGCACAAUAAAAGAUGAAGUCAGGGUGUCAAGGUCUCCUUAAAUUGAACGUCAAUGAGAAGUUUUGGGUCUUGCCAUAUAAACUGGAAAAAAACUAGCUUUUUCAGCUAUGGAAGUUGGGUAUGGGUCAAUCUACUGUAGUUAUAAAGUUAUGAGGCCUCAAAAAUACUGAAAAAAGUAACGCAAAUUGAUGAGUGUGAAAUUUCAACUCACCACGUGUAUUUAAGGGCCUGUAACUCUGGAAAGAUACAUAACAUGAAGGUAAAAUUCAGUUUGACUUUGUUAAAUACACUGGUGUUAUUGUAUUUAGUGAAUUUUAUAUGGAAUGACUCAAAAUGGUUUUAAAUGUAUUUAAAUAACAUAAGAAGUGAUUUAUGUCAGUGUAUCUGGGAUCUUAGAUCAGUCAGCUUAGAGCUCCAGCGACUUCCUAUAACCCACAUCUUCCAGUAAACCAGCUGCUCAGAAUCAGCAGAUGACAUUAGAACAAAGCAGGAUACCAUCAGUGACUUUUUAAUCUCAGCUCUGCUGCAUGUGUGUGUGAUCCUGCAUACAUUUUCUCCCUGACUAUAUGUGAGGAGCCAGUGUACGUAAAGCCAUGAUAAAUAAAUGCCCUCUCCAGAUAAUCUCCUCAAUAUAUAAAGCCUUUAACCGUGAUGAAGCAAAGCCUUGCAGUGUAUAAUCAUCACUGUCCUAUCCCACACACUCACACAACGCUAAGUCAGGUCUCAGAGUGCAUUUGAUACUGUAAACAACAAUCUCCCUGUUAUUACUACUGAUGUUAUUAUUGAGGUCAGAAAGGUUGAAAAAUGCACCGUGCUGCAGGUACUGCUUCAUUAUUAUCAUGUUUGUAGAGACACUCACAAUGGAAGUGAACUCCCAGCAACCUAUUAUCUUUAUUAAAAUAAUAGUCAUAAUAAAAUUGUUUGUAUAUGGAGCCCUUUUCAAAAACUGUGUAAAAAUAAAACUACAUUUGUUUUCA